AUGCAGCUGGGCGAUAUUGAAGAGCUGCUCAAAAAGUGGCGAGGGAGGGUGGUCAUUCUGCUGAAUCCUGCAUGGGCUGAAGGGAGGGACGUACCCAGCAAGCAUGCUGCAUUUGUGAAGAGUUUUGAGGUGGUCUACUGCUUCCAACCCGUCGCCAUACAGGCUUUCAUCGUCGCAACUACUCAGGGUGCAGUCUCGAAGCGCGUUCUCAAGGGGACAUCAGGAGAGGCGUCGUGGCAGAUAUUGAAGCAGGGCUGGGGCAACAAUUGGAAGGUCAUUGGUCAGAUGCAGCGGCGGCCCACGAGUGAAGAUCUGGAGGUGGCAUUCUUGAAUGCCUCGGCGGCUGAAAGCCCCAUCACUGCCGGCAUCAAGGCUGUCAAGCAGUUGGCACCCAGCAAGAAAAAGUGA